UCUCCCAUGGGAUUAACCAUGAAGCUUCAUCACUUCUCCCCUUGUUCUUGGGAUGAGCCCUCUCUCUCCCUUGCUUGCACGAAGCGCUUACGUCCUCCUCCGCCCACCUCCGCCACUUCAACGCUCACCGCUUUCGACCUCAAGACCUUCAUCAGGCCUGAUACUAAGAAAGACUCGUCUUACCCUCGAACAGGAGUUGUGGAGAUGCAACCAGGGGGCACGCGGUGGAACCCGACGCAAGAACAAAUAGCGAUAUUGGAGAUGCUUUAUAGGAGAGGAAUGAGGACUCCCAAUGCUCAACAGAUUGAACAAAUUACUACACAGCUUGGGAAGUACGGGAAGAUUGAAGGAAAGAAUGUGUUUUAUUGGUUUCAGAAUCAUAAAGCUCGAGAGCGACAGAAGCAGAAGCGCAAUACUCUUGGUCUUGCUCACUCCUCCCCAAUAACUCCGACGACGACAACAACGACAACCAUCGUCACGCCCAUCCCCUUGGACCCAUCGGGAGGGGAAGAUAGCCCGUACAAGAGGAAGUGCAUGAACUGGGGGUUUGAAUGUUUGGUUGAAGAUAGAACUCUGGAGUUAUUCCCUUUGCACCCAGAAGGCAGAUGAUGAACAUGCAGCUUUUUUUUCUUUUUUUUU